UCCACAUCCACAACAACAACACAUUCACUCAACAUGGACAACUCACCAACCGCUCUCUUCGAGAACUAUGACGAGGACCUCAACCAGCUCCUCUCAAGCCUCAAGGGCAAGCUCGAGGGCGACGUGAAGCAGCUCAAGGGCGAGCCCCGCAAAGCGCUUCUGAAGAAGGUCGGCGACGAGCUCGACGAGGCCGAGGAGAUUAUCGCCCAGAUGGAGGUCGAGAUCCCUUCCAUGCCGCUUUCGAUCCGCAAGACCUUCCAGGACAAGCUCACCGGGUCAAAAUCGUCGGUCGACAGGAUCAAGAAGCAGGUCCGUGACGUCCGCGCCGAGACGCAGCGUGCCGAGCUCCUCUCCGGCCCAGGCUUCCCCUCGGACGACCCAUACCGGGACGAGCCUGACGCCUCGGCUUUCAAUGCCCGCACCCGCUUGCUUGCCGGCACCGAGCAGCUCGACGAGAGCUCACGCCGCCUGGACAAUGCGCACCGCAUCGCGCUGGAAACGGAGGACGUCGGUACCGACAUUCUCCGCAACCUGCGCGGACAGCGCGAGCACAUCGAGCACACCCGCGAGAUGCUCACGCACGCCGACUCGAACAUUGACCGGGCGAGCGGCACGCUCAAGAAGAUGAUUUACAAGAUGUACCAGCAGAAGUUUGUCACUGGUGCCAUUAUCGCGGUCCUCGUCCUCCUAAUCAUUAUUGUCAUCUGGUCCAAGUUGUUUGGUUAGUGGCACACCACCCCGCCCUAACGCGGUCCUCAACUUUGGCUUUCGAUUGUAGUAGGCAUGUUUGCGCUUUGUAGGUUGGCAGUACAGUAUUGAGAUGAAUAGAGAUACCUUGUUG